AUGGAGCCCGGCAAUUAUGCCACCUUGGACGGGGCCAAGGAUAUCGAAGGCUUGCUGGGAACAGGAGGAGGCCGGAAUCUAGUCGCCCACUCCCCACUGACCAGCCACUCGGCGGCGCCUACGCUGAUGCCCGCUGCCAACUAUGCCCCCCUGGAUCUGCCAGGCUCUGCUGAGCCGCCGAAGCAGUGCCACCCAUGCCCCGGGGUGCCCCAGGGGGCGUCCCCGGCUCCGGUGCCUUACGGCUACUUUGGAGGCGGGUACUACUCUUGCCGAGUGUCCCGGAGCUCCCUGAAACCCUGUGCCCAGGCAGCCACCCUGGCCGCCUACCCCGCGGAGACUCCAGCGGCCGCGGAGGAGUACCCCAGCCGCCCCACCGAGUUUGCCUUCUACCCGGGGUACCCGGGGCCCUACCAGCCUAUGGCCAGUUACCUGGAUGUGUCGGUGGUGCAGACCCUGGGCGGCCCCGGGGAGCCCCGCCACGACUCCCUGCUGCCGGUGGACAGUUACCAGCCCUGGGCCCUCGCUGGUGGCUGGAACAGCCAGAUGUGUUGCCAGGGAGAACAGAACGCACCGGGUCCCUUCUGGAAGGCGGCAUUUGCAGACUCGAACUCACAGCACCCCCCUGAUGGCUGCGCCUUCCGUCGGGGCCGCAAGAAGCGCAUUCCCUACAGCAAGGGGCAGCUGCGCGAGCUGGAGCGGGAGUACGCAGCUAACAAGUUCAUCACCAAGGACAAGAGGCGCAAGAUCUCGGCGGCCACCAGCCUCUCGGAGCGCCAGAUCACCAUCUGGUUUCAGAAUCGCCGGGUCAAGGAGAAAAAGGUCCUUGCCAAGGUCAAGACCAUCACUACCCCGUGAGGGAACUCCCUGGCUGGGUGGGGGGAGGAGAAGUAGGACUGUCCCAGGGAGAACAGGACCCUGCCAGGGCCAGCCUGGGGCCCAAGACUCUGCUGAGGCGACACCUUUCCCAGGCCACAGCUCCCUGGGCUAUUCCUCAGGUGCAAGCUGGGUACCCUGAUAUGUCUGCUGAGAGUGAGUUAGGCUGACAGUUAUCGCCCUUUCCUCCAGGGUCACGCCACUCCAAGGACCUGUCCCAGUCAUAAUCAUUCAUCCUGACAUUGGCAAUAAUCACGAUAACCAGGUCUAGUUGCCAUGAUAAUUAGCCUCAAAUUUUCUAUCUAAACAUCUGUGGAGCCCUUUGAAACCGCUUUCAUGGAUUGAGCU